AGCCAGUAAAAACAGUACGGUGGUUUGGUUGGUCGGCCGCAGGCAGCGAACGAUUCAACGGCAAUAUUUCCCGGCUAAAAUGAGCUCCCCUUCACCACUUAUUCCUCUUUCUCUCUCUAGAUCUUCUUGAUCUUGAUCUCCCAAUUUCCUCUCUAGGGUUACAAGUUUCCGCAUUCCUAUUCUUCCUUCAAUUUUCAGCUCUUCCUGCAUGUCGCUGCUUCCCCAUUCCUUCCUUGAUUCUCACUUAGGGUUAGGGUUUCUUCUCUGAGUCGCCUUCCUGUCAGGGUUGUCCUUUUCCCAUUUGUCAGAAUUGCAAUAUUGGGGAAACCGGGAAGAGGAGGGAGAGAGAAACGGAGGGCGCGCGUUGGAGUGUGGGCUGUGAUCAGGUCUUCUGAAGAAGAUCUGAGGAUUCAUUUGAAAACCGAAAUAUGAGUGCUUCGAGGUUCAUAAAGUGCGUCACGGUUGGUGACGGUGCCGUCGGCAAGACCUGUCUCUUGAUUUCGUACACCAGCAACACCUUCCCUACGGAUUAUGUGCCGACUGUAUUUGACAAUUUCAGUGCUAAUGUUGUCGUCAAUGGAAGUACGGUUAACCUUGGAUUAUGGGAUACUGCUGGACAGGAGGAUUACAAUAGGUUAAGACCAUUGAGUUACCGUGGGGCAGAUGUUUUCAUCCUGGCAUUUUCUCUCAUUAGCAAAGCUAGCUAUGAGAAUGUUUCUAAGAAGUGGAUUCCUGAGUUGAAGCAUUAUGCUCCAGGGGUCCCAAUUGUUCUUGUUGGAACAAAACUUGAUCUUCGGGACGAUAAGCAAUUCUUUAUAGACCAUCCUGGUGCUGUGCCAAUUACAACCGCUCAGGGGGAGGAGCUAAGGAAGUUGAUUGGAGCACCUGAUUACCUUGAAUGUAGUUCAAAAACACAGGAGAAUGUGAAGGGCGUUUUUGAUGCUGCCAUCAAAGUUGUGCUUCAGCCACCCAAGCAGAAGAAAAAGAAAAGCAAGGCACAAAAAGCUUGCUCCAUAUUGUGAACAAGAGGACGCCAAAGGAGCCAUUCUCAUAAUAUUUCGUCCUUUAUUCUCAGGAAGCAGGAGGUCCCGGUAUGUGGUCUCCAUCUACAGUUUAGGGGUCUUCUUAAACUAUGAGUUGGAGGAUUUUAUUCUGUAUUGUUCGUAGAUACACACGCUAUGUUGUACACAGCUCAUUCUCCCCACCCGGUUUUAAUUUGUUUGGUGUAAUUGACGGGAAGAUCCCAGUUAUGAGAACAAGUUGUGUGUUACAAUGAUGCAGUUAUAUUUAUUGUUUUGUAUCCAAUUUGAAGAUGUUGGAAAUGUUCGUGAUCCAAUGGUAUUUUUUUUUUCUCCGUUUUGUAUCUCAGGGCCCAGUGGACUAGAAAUGUUAAAAGAUGUUAUUGAUGGUAAUGGAAAGUUAAAAGAGUGAUGUUGCUCCAAGUCAU